AUGCAUUUAUCUAAAUUAGCAACAAAACCUGAAGUACCUUCACCCAAGGUAGUGAAGGGUAGGACCCAAAUAACACUCUACCAUGGAGAGGCAGAGCUUGUUGUGGGUUGCGGCUGUGGGCUGCGGGUAUCUAAACGUCAGGCUGCGGUGGAGAGCUGUGGUGGAGAGGCAGAGGUUGCUGUGGGUUGUGGCUGUCGGCUGCGAGUUGCGGCUGUGGGUUGCGGUGGAGAGGCUGCGGUGGAGAGGGAGGUUGCUGGCCGUGGGGUUGCUGGCUGUGGAGUGCGGCGGAGAGGAAGGUUACUGGCUGUGGGGUGCGGCGGGAGACGAAGGGGUGCGGCUGUGGGUUGCGGGGGAGAGGGAGGUUGCUGGCAGUGGCUGUUGAGUGCGGCGGAGAGGAAGGUUGCUGGCUAUGGGGUUGAACUUCCAGAGGGACUAUCAUCAUUCACCCAUAUUUACCAAAAUGAUUUUGUUGGCCGAAAACCAAAGAAGGUGAAGGAUGAUGAUGUGGCCAUUUGUUUCUGUAAAUAUGAUCCCAAUAACCCUGAAAGUGCUUGUGGAGAUGGGUGCUUGAACGUCAUGACCAGCACGGAAUGUAUACGUGGGUAUUGCCCAUGUCAGGACUAUUGCAAGAAUCAGAGAUUUCAAAAUUGUGAAUAUGCCAAAACCAAGUUGUUGCAAACUGAAGGGCAUGGAUGGGGUCUUUUAGCUGAUGAAGAUAUUAAGGCUGGACAAUUCAUUAUUGAAUAUUGUGGAGAGGUUAUCUCGUUGGAAGAAGCCAAGCAUAGAUCACAAAGUUACGAAGCACAAGGUCUUAAGGAUGCAUAUAUAAUUUCUCUAAAUUCUAAUUAUUUCAUUGAUGCUACAAAGAGGGGGAGCCUUGCCAGGUUUAUAAAUCAUUCAUGUCUACCUAAUUGCGAGACAAGGAAAUGGACUGUGUUGGGGGAAACACGAGUGGGGAUCUUUGCAAAGGUAGACAUAUCAUCUGGAACAGAGCUGUCAUACAAUUACAACUUUGAGUGGUAUGGUGGUGCCACUGUUUGCUGUCUGUGUAGGGCUGCUAAUUGUUGUCUAUUUCUGGCCGCAAAAUCUCAGGGUUUUCAGGAAUAUAACCGUGUGUGGGAAGAGGGAGAUGACAGAGUUGAGAAGGUUCCACUUUAUGACUCUGCUAAAGAUGAGCCCUUUUCACGCAUCCCUGAAACCAUUAGCCCUUUCAAAUUUGAUUCUUUGGAUGGUCUGGCAACUGAUUACUCUCAUAAAAUGGAAGUUGGCGAUGUGCUUGAAUGGAAGUUGGAUUCCUCUAAUACUGUCAUGCCACACAAUUCAGCUCAAGUUGAUGGCAUGACAAUGAAUACCGAGAAAGUAGAAGUCUUGGAGAGUGGAAAAUCAAAGGAACAAGAUAUGCAACAGGCUGUUUAUCAGAUGAGUGCAGUCUUAUCUGGACUUCGAAUUGAUAGUGCUUCUCGAAAUUUUGAUGUCGGAUCAGGCUCAUCUUCAAAGAAGAAAUCAGACCGUUUAUCAAAGCAAAAGAAAAGCUCUACUGGGGGAAAGCAAUCCAAUACAAAAAAUAUUGCUGAUCUGUUUCAAUCAAAGGAGGAAGCGCAAGAAGAUGUUGGAUCAAGUUCGUCUUCAAAGAAGAAAUCAGAGCGUUUACCGAAGCAAAAGAAAAGAUCUAGUGGGGGAAAGCAAUCCAAUACAAAAAAUAUUGCUGAUUUGUUUCCAUCAAAGGAAGCACAGAAAGAAGUGCACAAAUAUGAGGAAAUUAAGAACCAAGCUGCUGCCAAUCUCAGAUCCGUAUAUGAUGAAAUACGUCCUGCCAUCAAAACGCAUGGGAGGGACAGCCAGGACUGUGUUCCUCCUAGUGUGGAAACUAAGUGGGUUGGAGCGCACUGCGCGAAAUAUAAAGCUGAUCUUAACUUUAGUGUUUCUGUCAUAAAGAACUUUCUCGAUAUUGCUCAAAAGGGUGGUAGUGGACCAAAGGCUUCAGGAAGUGGACUCUCUCUGAAAGAAUGAAGCGUUGUUGUGCGGGCGCUAAAGAAUGCAUUGGAAACAUAUCUAAAUUUAUUAAAAAAAAAAAAGUGGGGACCAUUUGGGAUUUGAAUUCUGUAAUAUUUUAAGUAUUUUGAAGUUUGAGGAGUUAUAUCUGUGGAUUUAAAUAAGAAGGUAUUUUGAGAAUUUGGUUAUUUAUAGUAUAAUAAUGUUAUAAGUUUA